AUGACUUUUCGGUUUAGCCGAGCAGCGCGUUAUGGCGCAGCGGCUGCAGGCUUCAUGGGAGCCGGCACGGCUGCUAUUCUGCUGCCGCCAAGGGAGACGAUCCCGCCGGUGCUGCUGCCGUCGCGGGUCCUGUUCGAAGGCAUCGGCCGUGUCGGGCGGUGCGUUUACGCGGGUGGGCAGAUUUACUGCGACUACGCCUUCCACGUGACGCAGGAGGACCGGCAGGAGCUGUGGAACGAGGUGCACCGGCGGUGCGCGGAGCGGCUGGUCGAUCUGGCAGAGAAAAACGGUGGGCUGUACGUGAAGGCGGGGCAGAUCUUUGCAAACAUGAGUCACAUCUUGCCCUACCAGUACUGCCAAGUGAUGGCGGUGCUGCAGGAUGCGGUGGUUAAGCGGCCCUACGCGGAAGUUGUAGCGGUCCUGGAGAAGGACUUGGGGCGUCCACUCACCGAAGUGUUUUCGUACAUCGACCCGACCCCGCUGGCAGCCGCGUCGCUGGCGCAGGUGCACCGUGGCCGUCUGCGCGACGAGGACACGGAGGUGGCGAUCAAGGUGCAGUACAUCGACAUUGCCCACCGGUUCAACGGGGACAUGUGCACCAUCUCUCUGAUGUUUGCCGCAGCCAGCUACUUCUUCCCUGGCUACGACUUUGGACAGAUUAUCGCGAAGCUGAACGACACCGUCGCGGCGGAGCUUGACUUCCGGAUUGAGGGCCGCAACAGUGACCGGGCCGCGGCGGAUCUGCGAUCCUGCGGAUGGGGCGAGCGCGUCGUGUGCCCACGCAUCUUCUGGAACUACGCCAGCAGGCGCGUGCUCGUGUCGCAGUUCAUUCCAGAUGCGGUGAAGAUAUCGGACCGCGCAGGCAUCGCGUCGAUGGGACUCAACGUGAAGGAGGUGGCGACGACGUUCUUCGACGUCAUCGCCUUCCAAAUCUUUCGCACCGGGUUCUUCCACGGAGACCCACACGCUGGCAACGUCCUCGUGCACAAGCUGCCGAACGGGAAGCCACAGGUAGUCUUGCUGGACUUUGGCCUCUGUGCGGAGCUCAGUGCGGCGCAACGCCGCGAGAUCAGCGACAUCUGGACGGCGUCCACCACCCACGACACUCCCAAGAUCACCGAGAUUGCGCACCGUUACAACUGCGACGACUACGAGCUGUUCGCCUCCUGCUUCCUGCAGCACCCGUAUGAGUACUUCGCGAACAGCACCAGCGGCCGGCUCAAUAGCCCGAACGCGCUAGAGAAGAUGCGGGAAACCGUGAAGCAUCGCAUGGCGGAUCUGAACGACAUCGUAGCAGCACUGCCGAAGGAGUAUGCCCUCGUGCUGCGCAGCAUCAUGGCUACCAAAGCCAUCAACCGCGAGCUCGGCGAGGCGGCGAACCGGCCGAUGUGCAUGCUGCGCUACUCCCUCAAGACCUCUCACGAGGACCUGCCAAAGAUCCAGUUCAUGGUAUUGAUGGUCAAGGCGUGGUUUUCGGAGUGGUACGCGUCGCUCUUGCUGCGGUUCACGCUCUGGCGACACCCGGAGCUAUCUGAGGUGUUGGAGAGCUCGCUGCAGCUGAGCGGCUAG